AUGCCCCCGACCGGCCCGCGCCGCUGGCCGCUCUACAACCAGCGCGUGUACCCGCCGACGGCGCCCGACGAGCCGGCCCGACCCGCCUUCGUGUGCCACGUCAAGACCGACGUCAAGUACAGCCAGAAGAAGAUGUGGUACAUUGCGUCGAUGAUUCGUGGCAUGAGCAUUGAGGAGGCCCUGAAACAGCUGAAGUUUGUGAACAAGAAGGGUGCCAAGAUCGCCACGGAGGCGCUGUUGGAGGCUCAGGACAUGGCCGUCAAAUUCCACAACGUCGAGUUCAAAAACAACCUGUGGGUCGCCGAGUCGUUCGCCACCAAGGCGCGCGUGCUGAAGGGCCUCCGGCGCCACGCGCGCGUCCGCGUCGGCGUCGUGCACUAUCGCUACACCCACUACUUCCUGCGGCUGGAGGAGGGCGCGCCGCCGGAGCAGUACUACACGGACGCGCCGCUGCCGCCAGAGGAGAUGCUGCGCCAGUGGCUGGAGCAGCGGCGCAGCAAGACCAUCGUACACUCGCUGUGAGGUCGGCGGUGGGCCUGCAGGUGGACCGGCCCGCUCUGGCCCUGCGAACGCUGCCGGGCUCUGCCUGGUCGGGGCAGGGAGUGCAUUGAACUUGUGGGUGGCAUCAGUGGCAAGGCGAGGCGAUGGACUUUGCCGUAAUGAGUGUGUAUUUGUAAACACGGAACAGUAAUACAGUCAUGACGAACAA